GGUUUACAAGGACCGCGGGUCUCAACGUGUUCGCUGUAGUGUAGGUAGCUGUUGCUUCCGAGGCAUAGGUACCCAGAUAAGGUUUACUCCUGACGUUAACAGUCCGGCUGCGACGCCUUUAAGUCAACAAUUUCUCACAGUAACAAAUUAUUCCGUCUAUGGAGUUGAUCACUCGGAGUUUACAUGGUGAACUAUGAGUCCCCGCAAGCGCGCAAAACCGAAUCCCUCUAUUAAAGAACAUAGUGAUGUUAGUUUGCCUGCGACUUUACGAUCACAGGCCAGCGGCAGUGUUGCGUCACAGGCAUCCGCAGCUCCAGGCCGUUCUAUGCAAUCCAUGAAGGGAGAUGGGUCGGAUGCAUCUACAUCCACAAAAUCCAAUGACAUAAAGCAGGUGCGCAAGUCCCGGAGCUGGUAUGGUUCUUGGCCACGAGUGCCUAAGUCGUCUGCUUCGACCCAAGUCUCACAUCAGAAUAUCAUGGGCGGAACUUUACGUCCUCGUGCAUCUCCAGAUUUCAGCCGCUUUGAGUCCAAGAAAGACAAUGAUAAUAGCGAGUCAGAUAGUCAAUCCAUCAAAACCUUGCCUAAGAUUUCCGAAACAGGUACCGAAUCCAAACAAGAUGAUACGAAAUCCAUGAAGCCACAGGAAACAAGUAAUGCUGGUGCUUCUGAUGCGAAUAAUGGAAAUGAUGUCCCGAAGGACCUGGUAAAAGAUCAAGAGGGCCUAAACACGACUACAAACAAUAGUACUAUUGAGCCCCCGAUAGAAACGCUGCAACAACCUCCGAACUCUUCUGGCUGGUUGGGGGGAUGGUUCGGUAGGCCUUCAGCACCGGGUGUAGCUAUACCUAACGACGACAAAAUGGACAUCGAUCCUCCCAAAGAACCUGAGAGUGUAGAGCCCGAAAACGUGCAGAUCAACAUUGCUCAACAACCCUCGGAGCCCAGCCAAGUCUCUAUUGAGCCUAUUCAACCUCUUAAGCCUACAAGCUCAUGGUUCGGAUAUUGGUAUUCGACAACACCUACGAUACCAGAAGAUUCUGCACAAACAACGGCUGAAACUAGCUCAGCUCAGAAGUCCGCUUUGGAAACUCCGGAUGUAGUGAUGGAGGAUGCCCCACCUUCGAAGCCGACAGAACCAAGCCAACCACCUACUAGUUCAACGUGGGCUUUCUGGUCAAGAGAUACAAGUCAAAAGAAUGACACGAAAAAGACGACCGCGAACGAGGCUGGCGAGUUGGCUAUCAUCGGCGAUGGUUCAGAGGCCAACCCACGACAGUCGACCAGUCCCGAGGUUAACGGAAACAGCACAUCUGCGAAAGAGCCUUCGAUUAAGGGCUCGAAGGCCUUGAAAGAAGCGCCACUUCGGGUAGAGUCGAUCAAGAGAAACAAGAGGGGGCGACCCCAAUCUCUAGACAUCGAUGAGCCGUUAUCAAGGCCAGGCACGCCCCAAUCAGACAUUUCCACGAAGACGGCUCCAGCAAAACCAGCUACACCAGGUUCGAGCAAGUCCUCUACACAAAAUUUGCUUCUGCCAUCUUUUCGUAAUACAUAUCAUAUGAAAAACAAUCCGUCAAUCAUCAGGCAAAUUACACAAUUACUCCUGCGGACACAGCAACCCCCCACGAACCAUGUAUUCCUCGUUAAAGAACCGCCAAAAAUUAAGAAGGCUGUCGCAAUUGGUAUACAUGGUCUUUUCCCUGCUUCGUAUCUACGACCGAUGAUUGGGCAGCCGACAGGCACAUCCAUCCGAUUCGCAAAUCAUUGUGCUGAGGCCAUACGUAGAUGGACAGGGAGCCAUGGGUGUGACGAGUGCGAGAUCGAGAAGAUUGCUCUUGAAGGAGAGGGCAAGAUCGCAGAAAGAGUCGAUAAUCUUUGGAAGCUUCUUCUAAACUGGAUAGAACAUAUUCGCGCCGCCGAUCUUAUCGUUCUAGCCUGUCAUUCGCAAGGAGUCCCCGUUGGUCUGAUGCUCCUUGAGAAACUCAUCGAUCUAGGAAUCAUAACUAAAUCUAAAAUUGGCAUAUGCGCUAUGGCCGGCGUUUCGCUUGGUCCUUUCCCCGACUAUAAAUCCGGCAUGGGUAUGCUGAUGGGUUCUGCCGCCGAGCUAUGGCAGUUUGCCGACCCUGAGAGCGAAAUAUCAAAGAGAUACCAGCAUGCUCUCGAGGUUGUUGUGGCUUAUGGCGCACGUCUCACUUACAUUGGUAGUAUCGACGAUCAACUUGUUCCAAUGGAAUCGGCGAUCUAUACGCCUGCUUCGCACCCUUACAUUUAUCGCGCCGUGUUCAUAGAUGGGCGUGUUCAUGCCCCUGAUUUUAUUGCCCAUCUAGUCGGAUUUGCUCUGAAACUACGGAACCUGGGAAUAUCUGACCACGGACUUAUCCGCGAGCUCUCAAUCCCACUUGCCGGAAGUCUCUACUCCGGAGAGGGUCACUCGCGACUCUAUGACGAUGAACAAGUUUACGAUCUGGCAAUAUCCCAUGCUCUAGAAACAACGAAUGUGUCCGGUGUUCCUUGUCGGAUUCAGAAACCAGAAAAACUGGUGAAUCCCAACCCUUUUUUAUUACCUUGGAUUAUGCGUGGGCUACUAGAAGAAGAAUUUGUCAAGACAGAAUUAUACUCGGAGACUACCGAGCUGCUAAAGCAAUUUGAUGAUUGGUCGCCAACCAACAAGGCGCUCAAAGAUGUCAAAUAUAGACUAGAGGCGGUUCGGUCAAAACUAUAGCAUAACAAGUCGUCUAGACCAGAAUCGAGUGGGUAAUUUGCAUUUGCUUUUAGGAGUCGGGACCUGUCAUUGGAAGCAUGCGAGGAGUUAAGACGGUAUGGCCGGUAUGGGUUUAGGUAAUACAUGAAGGAUAAUCCUCCAGGGAAUAUGGGGGAAUUGACAAGAAUGUAUAAUUAUUGUGAGUUGGUCUAUAAUUAUACGCUCACGCAGCACGCAGCACGCAACAUGCAGUACGCCGCAAAGUUGACUUUGCCACUCUUGAGAAUUGACCGACUUAAGUUUUAAGAGGCUGAAGGGGUCAAACUGAAAUGAGUCCUAGGCUUGUAACAUAUUGGGAUGGACGGCUCCACUGAUCAAAUCGAGUCGCGGAAACUGCGGGACGGGAGUAACCGAAGUUUGCUCAUUUUAUAUCAUACUUCCUCAUAACGAU